GGGAGGAAGUUCCGUUCGUUGCAACCCGUACUGAAUUAUCAGACGGCACUUCCGGCGGGUCAAGAUGGCUGCGACCAUUCAAGACUCACGUGUGAGCGCGGGGAAAAAGCUGAAGCGUUCCCUGAAGAAAAAGCGAAAGAUGAAGCUGGUAGCCAAGGCUGAAAUCUCGAAUCUGGAAGAUGAGCUCAAAGACUCUUCUGACGGGGAAGGUUCGGUAGAAAGCUGUGACGCAGAAAUGGGCCAGUCCUCAGAUGAUAGCGCAGCAGAAGCCGACAGCGAGGACAAUGUGGAGUCCUGUGAGGAGGAAAAUGAAGAUGCUGCAGAGCCAAGUGCUGGGACUAAUUCUGGCUGGGCAGAUGCCAUGGCCAAAAUCCUUAACAAAAAGACUCCUAAAAGUAAACCCACCAUCCUCACCAAAAACAAAGAGCUGGAGAAGGAGAAGGAGAAGCUAAAGCAGGAGAGGUUGGAAAAAAGGAAGCAGCUUGAUAAGAAGCGGGAGUGGGAGAUGCUGUGCAGAGUGAAGCCAGAUGUUGUCCAAGACAAAGAGACAGAGAGGAACCUUCAGCGGAUUGCAACGAGGGGUGUGGUGCAGUUAUUCAAUGCUGUUCAGAAACACCAAAAGAAUGUUGGUGAAAAGGUUAAGGAAGCAGGAGGCUCCAUCAGGAAGCAAGCUAAGUUGAUGUCAACUGUUUCCAAGAAGGAUUUCAUCAGUGUUCUUCGAGGAAUGGAUGGUACAAAUGAGAACAGUUCUGCUGGGAAGAACCCCAAAGCCAGACAGACUGAAGCGAAAUCAGAAGAGGGCCCAGGGUGGAAGAUUCUGCGAGAUGAUUUCAUGAUGGGAGCCAGUAUGAAGGACUGGGACAAAGAGAGCGAUGAACCUGCUGGCGGCAGGGCAGGGACCCUUGACUGAGCAGACUGGGAGCCUCCAACUCUACUCCAGAGACGCAGCCUCUUGACUGUUGGAGCCAGGAGGCCGUUAUGAAGUACCCAGAUUCCUGAGAACCCCUGCUUCAGUGCCUCCUGAGGUGCAAACUGUACUAAAAUUGUGUUGGUACUACUUACAUACCUUGAGGAUUUUCCAAAAUAUUUGUACAAAGCCAUCUUCUGUUUUUCUGAGCAGUGAUGUGCACUUCUCCAGGACCCUCCAUGUGAGCACGCACUGAUCACGCACCAGGGUUUCCAAAGUGCAGUCCUACCUGUGAUUAAAGUGAGGUUGAUGUCAGAGUCUUUGUGUCUGCUCAGCUGUGGGAGGUGAUGUCCUGUAUCUGUUGUGGGGAGUGAUUGUGGCAUUUGUGUUAGAAAAUAUAUGUAGUAAAAUUUCAAAUUAUAACAUUUUUUAUUUGAAUGUUAGAACACUGAUAAAGUAGUCUAA